AUAUCUAACCAUCAUUCAGCCAGCAUGCGUUUUUACAUUAGGGCUCUCUCACGCGCUAUCACAAACAGCUUUCUCUCACGCGCUACCCAAACGGCUUUCUCUCACGCUCCUCUCCAAGGAACUAGCCGCAGAGCACCGCUAGCCGGAUACGCUCUUCUACGAUUCGUUGACAAAGCUUGAAACUUCACCUUUUACUCUUUGAUAAUAUUUUCUUCUCCGUUGAUCAUGGAAUCAGUGUUAGAAGAACAGAAUAUUGAAGAUGUGCCCAAGGUUGGCAUGUGUUUUGGAACCAUUGAAGAUGCAAAUCAAUUUUAUCAGAAUUAUGCUAAGCGCGUUGGUUUUGUUACUAAGAUAAGGUUUACCCGAAGAGUUGGUAAAGAUAAGGUUCCUAAGAAUCAAAUGAUCACUUGCAAUAGGGAGGGAAAACGCAAGUCUAGAGUUUCACCAAUAGAAAAGACCAACCCUAGAACCAACUACAAUUGCCCUGCAAGGAUUUCUAUUAGGUUGAAUAAGGAGGGUCUUUGGAUUAUAUCGAAGGUGUGCUUGGAUCAUUCACAUCCUUGUGAUCCAGAGAUGGCAAAACUGUUGACACGUAAUAGAGAGAUGACUAUGCACAUGUGUCGAGUCAUUGAGAGGAAUGAUGAAGCAGGUGUGAGACCAAGGGUUUCUCUAAUAUAA